CAGGGGGCGGGCUGCUCUCCCCCUCCCAGUCUCAGACAUGUGUGAACAGGCAGCCCGGUACUGCAGGUCCAGCGUCCACAAGCUCCUGCAGCAGCAGCACUCUCAGAGCCGGGCACUGGACGGUCUGUUCCGCUGGAUCGUCACCAAGAUGAGCGACAAGAGCGAGCGAGAGCUACGGGGAGAGGAGGCGCUCACAGGGGUGCAGGACAUGCCCAACCCGGGCACCAGGAGGGGCAUCUCUGUCAUACUGGAUAUAUUUCGUCGAGCUGAUAAGAAUGAUGACGGAAAGUUGUCCCUGGAGGAAUUUCAGGCCUUUUUCUCAGAUGGAACCCUCAACGAGGAGGAGCUGGAGAAGCUGUUUCACACCAUCGAUUCGGACAACACCAAUAAUGUGGACACCAGAGAGCUCUGUGACUAUUUUGCAAAUCAUAUGGGGGAUUAUGAAGAUGUCCUCUCUUCGCUCGAAACCCUAAAUUUGUCAAUACUAAAGGCAAUGGACUACACCAAGAAGGUAUAUGAAAAAGGUACCAAUGUCGAUCAGUUUGUAACAAGAUUUCUGCUGAAGGAGACAGCCAAUCAGAUCCAGUCACUUCUCAGUUCUGUGGAGAGUGCUGUUGAUGCCAUAGAUGAGCAGACAAAUCAAAUCAGACACUGCCAUAGUAAGGGACCAGGGAUCGGGGAUAGUUGGUAUGACGAUCCUGUGCCUGCUUACCCUGCAAGUAGGAGCUCCACUAAGGAACUAAGGAAGAGCGCCAAAAGCAGUUACUCAGAUGUGAAGGAAGAGGGUCUGGAGGCUCAGAUUAACCGACUGGCCGAGCUGAUCGGGAGACUGGAAAACAAGACGCUGUCCUUUGACUUGCACCAGAGACUUUCUGACAGCGAGAAUACUGCUUCUGCUUAUCUAUUCCUGGUGAGACAUGAGAUGAGAGUUUCCCAGAAAUCUGUGGACGAAUUCUGCAGCGCUCUGAAGCAAUAUCUGAAGAAUGUAUCUGGCCAGGGAGAAUGCUUUCAUGUUACUGCUGUAAGACUGACGGAUAUGGUAACAUUUAUUGUGUAUGAAUUCUGGGAAACAGAGGAAGAUUGGAAGAGGCAUCUGCAGAGUGGACCGUGUAAGCAGUUCCAGCAUGUGAAGGUGGAUUCUCUCAUUCAGCCAGAAUCCAUGUCCACUGUGUCUGUUCCAGCUUCCUGGUGUAUCCUAAACCGAGACUGACAGCGUUUCUUGUGAAACUGUCCAGAUUCUGUCUGUAACAUCAGUGGCUCACUGAGACUUGUGUCACCGUCCCACCAGAAGACCUCAGCUAUUCUGGCUGAGAUGUGUCUCCUCCUGAUGACAAUGUUCAAGUGCUGUCUUUUCAACCCACCUAAUGGGGAAUGUAUUUGCUUGUUAUAAAGGGAAACCCUCAGAAAGCCAGUAUAAGAAAUGCCUCAAAAUAUUUACAUAAAAUAAAGCAAAAUCAAAAUAACAAUAUGUGUAAAAACAGCCUUAGCCAGGAUUAAGGAGCCCACCUAGUAACCCGUAUAAACCAGACCUUUAGGGACUAGGCCCAUGACACAGACCUUUAAACUGCAUGUGGAACCAAACCUAACUUUUGUUUGUAGGUUAACAAUACUCUACAGGUAUAUAGUAGGAUCAAAGUCAAUUUUUUUAAGAAAUAGUA